GUGAACAGCCGGAGCUCAGUGAGGUUGGAUGGAGAGCGUUUGUGAACAGCUGGAGCUCAGUGAGGUUGGAUGGAGAGCGUUUGUGAACAGCAGUUUUCAGUUCUUUCCACAGAUUCUCCAUUGGAUUCAGAUUUUGGCUUUCCCAGGAAAAAUGGCUUCCACAUCCAGCUUUUUCCAGUGCAGCGAUCCAAAAAAGUGGAAGCGGCUCUCUGAGGUGUACUGGGAGGUGGUGGCCGAAAAAGGAGCCAAGAAGAAACAACUGAUGGAGCUGGACAAAUGGUAUCAGGAGGAGCUGCCCGCAAAGAUGGCCGCUCAGUCACACAAGUCACUGACACUGGAGGAGCUGGGGAGACUCAUGGAGUGGAAACUCAUGAGAGGAAAGUUCCGUCCGCGCCUGAAGCAGAUGGUGGCAUCUAACCCGGCGGGGACAGUGGAGAGUUGUACCAGGAAAGCGUUUCAGCUUCUCCCUGAUGUAUCUGCCGCCAUCGAUGAGCUGUGCCAGCUGAAGGGCAUUGGGCCAGCCACGGCUUCAGCGGUCCUAGCGGCUGGGGCUCCAGAGUUGGCGGCUUUCAUGGCAGAUGAAUCCGUGGAGAGUGUGCCCGGGCUCAGUCCUAUACAGUAUAACGUGAAGCACUAUCUGAGGUAUCUGGAAGAGAUACAGCUCAAGUCUGACGCCCUAAACAAAGCCUCAGAGGAGAAGUGGACACCUCACCGCGUGGAGCUUUGUCUUUGGACUUGGAAUGUAGCCCAAAAACUGUGCCCAAAACUUCUGGAGUUUUUGGAAGAUGAGGAAGAAAGACCCUUCAAGAAACUUAAGACCAAGCAGUGAGACUUGGCCAAGAUGGAGGACAACAAUGUCCAUCACUGACUAUCAAUAUGUCUGCUUUUUUCUGAGUAACUGGACGCCAUAAGCUCCGUCAUGUACAGCAUGUUGAUUUUAUUAAGUCCUUUUUGAAGCCAUCAUACAAUCUUUCUGAUAUAUAUAUA